UUGAGCGAAGAUGGAUGAAAUGGACCCCUUGAAAGAAUUUCUGUUAAAGUAUUUUAUGCCAGAAAAAUGUUACGACGAGUUAUUCCUCAACUUUAACUUCCUACACGUGCCAUGUUUGAAGAUUGUCUUGGGCAAAACGCUAGGUAUCUGGAUCUUGCUUGGCACAGUUCUGGUGAAACUGCCCCAGAUCUAUAAGCUGAUGAGAGCCAAGAGUGCAGAGGGCCUGAGCUUCACCUCCAUCCUGUUUGAGCUGUUCUCCAUCACUGGCAGCAUGGUCUUCUGCAUCGCCCACAACUUUCCCAUCGGUGCCUGGGGUGAGACUCUCUUCAUUGUGAUCCAGACACUGAUCAUUGGCUUCCUCAUCCAGCAUUUUGGAGGAAAUACCGUAAGAGGUGUGGGGUUCCUCGCAGUCUACUGCUGCCUGGUGUCUCUACUCAUCUCUCCCCUGACUCCCAUGUCAGUUGUCAUGAUGAUUCAUGCCUCAAAUAUGCCUGCUGCCAUCGUGGGCCAGCUCAUCCAGGCAGGGACCAACUACCACAACGGUCACACUGGCCAGCUGUCAGCUAUCUCGGUCUUCUUGCUACUUGCCGGUUCACUGGCUCGUGUUUUCUCUGUCCUGGAGACUGGAGACUCCUUGAUGACCUUGACCUGUAUAAUUGCCUCAUGCUGCAAUGGAAUCAUAGCAGGACAGGUCCUAUGCUACUGGAACCGUGGCCCCGCUGCUAAGGAGAAGGAGGAGUAGAUGGGAAGAAUUUACUCACGCACAGACUCAGGACCCAACUCUUCUCGACGCAAUGUGACGUAAUCUCACCCACCCUCUCAGGGAAAUAGAUGGAUGUUCACCCUAGCACCUGGCUUAGAGCGCCAGGGCCUCCAGCUGCCG